GGUGGCGGAAACCGGAAAGGCAAGAGUAAGAAAUGGCGCCAGAUGCUGCAGUUCCCCCACAUCAGCCUCUGCGAGGAUCUUCGACAAACCCUCGAGCGGGACUACCACAGCCUAUGUGAGAAGCAGCCCAUUGGGCACAUGCUCUUUCGGCAGUUCUGCGAGACACGACCUGAGCUGUCACGCUGCGUCAAGUUCCUGGAUGCCGUGGCAGGGUACGAAGUGGCUCCAGAUGAGAAGCGGAAGGAAUGUGGGCAGCACCUGAUUGAAAAGUACUUGAAGCCAAACAGUGAGGACCAUGUGCCUGAAGUCCCCUCGCAGCUGGUGGAUGGCUGUUGUGAGAGGCUGGAGCAGGAACCUUCCAAGGAGCUCUUCAAGGAAUCCACUAAGCUUAUCCACGACUACCUGAGUGUGGCUCCCUUUGCCGACUACCUCGACAGCUUGUACUUCAACCGCUUCCUGCAGUGGAAAUGGCUGGAACGGCAGCCAGUGACCAAAAACACUUUCCGCCAGUACCGUGUGCUGGGCAAGGGCGGUUUUGGGGAGGUUUGUGCCUGCCAAGUGCGUGCCACGGGGAAGAUGUACGCCUGCAAGAAGCUGGAGAAGAAACGGAUCAAAAAGCGGAAAGGAGAGGCCAUGGCCCUGAAUGAGAAACAGAUCCUGGAAAAAGUGAACAUGCUGACCCUCAUGAAUGGAGGGGACCUCAAGUUCCAUAUCUACCACAUGGGAGAGGCUGGCUUCGAGGAGCCCCGCGCAGCUUUCUAUGCUGCUGAGAUCUGCUGUGGCCUCGAGGACUUGCACCAGGAGAGGAUAGUGUACAGGGACCUGAAGCCAGAGAACAUAUUGUUGGAUGACCAUGGUCACAUCCGUAUCUCAGACCUGGGGCUAGCUGUGCACGUGCCGGAGGGCCAAACAAUCAAGGGCCGGGUGGGAACAGUUGGCUACAUGGCUCCGGAGGUGGUGAAGAAUGAGCGCUACACGUUCAGCCCAGACUGGUGGGCUCUGGGCUGCCUGGUGUACGAGAUGAUCGAGGGACAGUCCCCCUUCCAGCAGCGUAAGAAGAAGAUCAAGCGGGAGGAGGUGGAGCGGUUGGUGAAAGAAGUGCAGGAGGAGUACUCAGAGAAGUUCUCGCCUUGUGCCCGCUCCCUCUGCACUAUGCUCCUGUGCAAAGACCCUCUGGAGCGCCUGGGGUGCCGAGGAGCUGGGGCCAAGGAAGUGAAGGAGCAUCCUCUCUUCAAGCACCUCAACUUCAGGAGGCUGGAAGCAGGCAUGCUGGACCCCCCCUUCAAGCCAGAUCCCCAGGCCAUCUACUGCAAGGAUGUUCUGGACAUCGAGCAGUUCUCCACAGUGAAAGGGGUGGAGCUGGAGCCCACGGACAAUGACUUCUAUGAGAAGUUUGCUACCGGAAGCGUGCCCAUUCCUUGGCAGAAUGAGAUGAUCGAGACAGAGUGUUUUAAGGAGCUGAAUGUCUUUAGCACAGACGGCACGGUGCCCCCAGACCUGGACUGGAAAGGGCAGCCUUCUCCACAGCCCAAAAAAGGGUUACUCCAGCGCUUAUUCAGCAGACAGAGGACUGUUGUGGAAACUGCAGUGACAGCGAGGAAGAGCCCACCCGGCUGUAGAGCACAACUUGUUCUCCAGCCCCGGGACCCCCUUACCUCUCCAGGUGCCCAGCAGAACAACAGCCCAGCCUGAAGGACAAAGGUAGAGGCGGCCCCGCAAGGUGGAUUUGUUUACAGCUUUACACGUCUGUAUUUGAAGACUGUGAGGAUGGCUCCAGGGCUGGAAGCAGCACACGGCUCGGGCCAAGGCGCCUUUGGCCAUGGGCAAGCCCUCAUCCCCAAGACAGACCUGGAUGCUUCUGAAUCUGCCCUGGAGCCGCUGCACUACGAGGGUUACGGGGGCAGCCCCCCCGGCAUCGCCAUUCCCCACCGCCUCCGCCUCGAGCCCCACCAUCAUCACCCCCACCACAUCCCGCCCCCCCGGCCCUGGAGCUGCCGGCACGAGUCGGACCUGUCAAAGCCGCCCUGCUACGAGGAGGCACUGCUGAUGGCGGAGCCCCCCCCGCCAUACAGCGAGGUGCUGAUGGACACGCGGGGGCUCUACCGCAAAAUCAACGCCCCCUUCCUGAGCCACGAGCGGCUGGAGAAGCAGGAGCAGCCCCCCAGCUACAAACCCCUCUUCCUGGACGCCGGUUACGGUUCGGCGCUGCACCUGCCCCGCUCGGCCAGCCCGGGCCCUGCCUGCCCGGACCUCUACCUGCAGGCAGAGUGCUCCCCCCGCAUGUUUCCCAGCUGGACGGACUCGGAGCUCAGCAGCAGGGACACCUAUGAGCCGGGACCCUGGCACCUCCCGGUUUCCAUGCCCCUCUUUGGCAGGACUACCGCUGUCUAA